UCUUCUUCUUCUUCUUCUCCAGCAGCAAAUCUGUGACGGAUCUUCAGCUCAAGCGCUUCUUGCUUGCGACCUGUAAUCGAAAAUGUCCUCCACGGCUGAUCCCACCAACCAGGCGGCUGUCGCUAGGAAGCCGAAGACUCCGUUCAAGUUCUUGAUUCCGCUCAUCUAUGCUCCAGUUCUUCCACUAAUUCGACUAUCGCUGCGUAGGAAUCCGGUCCUGAGGGACAGGCUGUUCACUGCUGUGUUGGCUGGUGCCUUUAUUCAUGGUGGUUACUUGGUGUAUCCUUUUUCUCCCUUGACAAUUAUGGUUUGAUAUUUACCUGCUCCUAUCAAUUGAUUCCUUUUCUUAUUUUUAUGUGGGCAUGCUUGUUGGGUUACACCUGAGACGAUCAAUCAAUCUGCACCUUGCAUAUGCUUUUUGAAAGAGUGGUUAUCUUGCAAUGGCUACAAGUAGAUUCUGAUUCCCUUAUGUCUUAGAACUUUUGUUGCAGCAUCCUCCACUAGGAUUUGGACAUAUAUUGGCCUUGGUAGUUUCUAGUUUGCCAGGCAUUGUAAAAUUAGGCUUCUUGGUGGAAUGUUAUUGUCUCCUUAGCUGUGUAUGACAUUACUUCCUUAACAAAAUCUUAUAAUGGGUCUCAUCUAGCUAGUUUGUUUCUAAUAUACAGCCUUUUGUGACUGUAGCUGCAAAGCGAGACAGAUGGAUAUAUAGAUAUAGAUAGUUGAUAAAAACUUUUUUCACUGGUAAUUAUGUUGAUCAUAGUGGGAACAUAUGUUUAACUGCGAAUGAUUGCUGGUUUAAAUACGCAGAGGAGG